UUUUCGUUUCGUCAGUCAAUUGAAAGACGGACACCGAGUUGGACACACACACGCUCCAACACACACGCACACACACACGCACACACACACACACACACGCACCCGUGUGGAGUAUCAGCGCUCGGGAGCGGGGACGGACGGACGGACGGACCUGCACCUGUCCGACACACACACUGCCUGCUCAGACACACACACACACACAGCGGAUCUGCCCGGUCGUCCCUAUGUGUGGAUGGGACCAAAGUUACACGGCGACCUCUCAUAGCUCGGCCAUGUUGACCAGUGAGGGGGCGCACACCAUGGAGCAGGACGGCACGCACCACGAGGCCAAGAUGGCUUCAUCCAACGCCACCAGCACUACCAGCUCAGACGAGACCACGGCAGACACGGACGUCGACAUGGAGAUGGACGUGGAGGAGGCAGACAUGACCCGGUGGACGGAGGCGGAGUUCGAGGAGAAGUGCACGUACAUCGUCAAGGACACGGCGUGGGAGGCGGGACCAGACGGUGACGCCGUGACGACGACAACCAGAGCCGAGGCGUCGCUGCCCCGAAACCUGGCCUUCAAACACCUGGCUGACAGCAAAGAGGUGGUCGGCGUGUGCAGCAGGGAGUACAUCCCAAAAGGAACUCGCUUCGGCCCCCUCGUGGGCGAGAUCUACACGGCCGACAGCGUCCCCAAAGAUGCCAACCGCAAAUACUUCUGGAGAAUCUACGAGGACGAGGAGUUCCAUCACUUCGUCGACGGCCUGGACGAGACUCGCUCUAACUGGAUGCGGUACGUGAACCCGGCCCACUCGGCGGCCGAGCAGAACCUGGCCGCGUGUCAGAACGGCAUGGAGAUUUACUUCUACACGGUGAAGCCCGUCCCGGCCGGCGCCGAGCUGCUCGUCUGGUACUGCCACAACUUCGCCCGGCGCCUUCACUACCCGCCAUCCGGAGAGCUGAUGAUGCAGAAACUCAAGCAGUCGCUGUGGGAGGUCAAGCAGCAGCAGGUGAGCAGUGAGGAGCGCUUGGUCGAAGCCUCCAGCCCGUCUCCCAUCGCGGUGACCCCCACGCCGCCGCCCAAGAGGGAACACAGCGUCCUGUCCAUACUGCGCGGCACCAACAGCAGUUCUUCAUCGUCUACGAAAAGGGAGCCCAGCCGGCCGCUUCCCACCCGCCCGCGCUGCGCCGACAGCCCCGAGCGCCCCUUGUACCCUCGUGCCCUGUACCCGGCUCUCAGGCCACACCCACACAUCUCUGAAGACUUCCUUAGCCACAAACCUGGCCAGCUCGGUUACGCCCGUUCACCUGGCAACCAGUCAUCAGCAACACCCAGCCCGUCAGCGAGGAGCAGCCCAGACAGCAGCCCUCAGGGGAGCCCCUCAGGUCCUGCCCCAGCUUCUUUCUACCCCGCCGGACUUGGUUCCUAUCCCGGUUACUCCCCGCCAUCUGCCCCUCUCUCUUCAUCCUUCUACCCCACAGGUGCCCCGUACUCACGCUACCUGCUGCCCCAUCACUACCCUUUGCCUGGCGGUGGUGUACCCACCAUCGGAGGAAUGUUCCCCAGGAUUUACCCCUUCUACAACGGCCUCCUGCCCCCUCACGUGCCCCUCCUGCCCUCCGACACAGCAGGGAGGCGCUUCCAAAUGACUGACCCCGUCCACCCCUCCUCCAUCUCUGCCCACAGAGACUUCCUCCUUCCCGGGCCCACCAGUGCCUUCUCAGCUGCCACCGCUCUGAAGGACAAAGCGGGGCCUCACCACCCGUACUCUGGGCACCCACGCGGACCCGCCCACGCUCCCUCCAGCGGCUCCCCGACAGCAGGCACGUCACCUCCCAACGAGCGGGUGCCCACCAAGCCUACCUCAGCCCUCCUUGGUAACGCCGGCGAGCCUUGCUCCGAUGACGAGGCCAUCAACCUGACCAAGGUGAAGCGUGGCGUGGGCUCAGCGGGCUACAAGGCGCUGCCGUACCCCCUGAAGAAGCAGAACGGCAAAAUCAAGUACGAGUGCAACGUGUGCAGCAAGACCUUCGGACAGCUGUCGAACCUGAAGGUUCAUCUUCGUGUCCACAGUGGAGAGAGACCUUUCAAAUGUCAGACCUGUAACAAAGGCUUCACCCAGCUCGCUCACCUGCAGAAGCACUUCCUGGUCCACACUGGGGAAAAGCCACAUGAAUGCCAGGUUUGUCACAAGCGCUUCAGCAGCACCAGCAACCUGAAGACUCACCUGCGCCUGCACUCAGGGGAAAAGCCCUACCACUGCAAACUCUGCCCGGCCAAGUUCACCCAGUUCGUCCACCUCAAGUUGCACAAGCGCUUGCACUCCCGCGAGCGUCCGCACAAAUGCCCCCACUGCCACCGCCACUACAUCCACCUGUGCAGCCUGCGGCUUCACCUGAAGGGCUACUGCAUGGCGGCUAACUCCAGCCCGGGCAGCCCCGCUAUCUCCAGCCAGGCCGCCCUGGACGAGGUGCAGCGCGCCAACGAAGAGAUCGAGCGCUUCGACGUCAGCGAGCACGCCGAGCGGCUGGAGCAGCUGCAGGGAGGGGUGGAGGUGGAGGCCAUGUUGGAGAAGCAGGUCUUGGGGAUGCUGUGGGGGGAGUCCGACCUUAAGUCCUCCCACUUCCAUCCUCACCACAAGGGCGGCUCCACUGAGCUUCUGUCUGCGGGUUACGGUGCGUACGAGUCCCCGAAUGAGACGUCGGUCAUCAAGAUGCGGCGCAGCAGCCCCAUCCUGCCGCUUCCUGCCAAAGUCACCAUCAAGCAGGAGUCAGAGGAUCACGCUUAAGUGACCUUUAAACCCAACGGGACACAGAGUCAGGACUGCAUGGCUCGAGGACUGGGUUGCCAGGAGCAACAGCUGUAAAUAAAUAAUUAUCCACCUGGUUGUCAUCAGGAGUGACAUCAUGAUCGCACCAGGUUCAUCAGGGACUCACGUACUCAGGGCUCAAGAGACACUGUCCCAUGACUACUUAGCAGUUUCAGCGUUACUUAGAGACAAUCAUCUACCCAUAACUUACCUUUAAUGUAAUUAAUAUAAUGCUAUCACUAUUAUUGUUGUUGUAUUAUUUGGUCUACAUUUUCAAAUGUCUUUUUGUUUUUUGAUUAAUUAGUUGUUAUAUAACCUCCUUAAUUUAUUAUACUUUUUAUUUGUUGUCUUCAAAAGCAAUAAGUGGAAGGGAUGGUUACACUGACGCGGUGAAAUCAAUGUAAAAACUUUUUUCUGUUGCUGUUUUAUUUUAUUUUUGGUUUUUCUUCUCACUGUGGCCAUUUCUGUGUAGAUAGUCACUCUCUCUCUCUAUGCCUCUAAUAUCUGUCCUGCAGCCUCUGACUUAUAGAACCAGGGGCGUCCACUCUUCAGGGUUUUAUCUAUUUAAAUUUAGAAACCAAUAUAGCAGGUUUAAAAAAAAAGAAAAUCUCAAAAAAGGGUUGAAGAACUUGCCAAAGUACGGCACAUACAAUUUGUUAAUUUAGCAAAAAAGAAAAAAGAGCUUUAUUUCAACUCUGCUUGACGGCUUCCCUAAAGUGUGUCUGUGUCCUUUUUCUGAUGCCUACUUAAUUUAAAUGAAACAAAAAAGGGCAUUUUUUUGUAUAUUUUUCACAACGGUUACCUCAGUGUGCAUGUGACUAUAUGAGUGUGUGUUUGUGUGUGUGUGUGUGUGUGUGUGUGUUUAAAAGGGACAGCUAGAGGUGGGAGCUUUCUAUUUAUUUGCGUUUUGCUACUUGAAGAAGAAGAAGAAGAAGAAGAAACCAAACUGAACUGGAGUGCAGCUCUUCAUGUAGUCCAAAAAAGGAGCGGCGUGGCCCGCUCAACAUGUAGC